AUUAAAUCUUAUCUGGAAGAGCUAACAAACGACAGUAGUACAGAGUACUCGCUUUGGAAAGCUACAAAAAGAAUUAAAAGGCCAAUAUUACAUUCUCCUCCAAUGAAACUAGAAGACGGUAGUUGGGCCAGAAAUAAUCAACAGAAGGCAGAGAGAUUUGCCACUCAUCUAGAGAACACAUUUAAAUUGCAAGAUGACCAAGACGAUGACCAGGAUUGGCCCGAACCAAAGCAAACAGAUGAGAAUAUCAAGACAACUUCCCCAAAAGAAGUAGCUGAGUUAAUUGAAGAACAAAUCGACCCAAAUAAAGCACCAGGUUAUGACCUCAUUACCGGAAGACUGCUAAAAAAUCUACCAAGAAAAGUAAUCGUAAAAUUAACAAAUUUAAUAAAUGCUGCCUUUACACUACAAUAUAUUCCAGAUUUAUGGAAGAUGGCUGAGGUGAUCGUGAUACCAAAGUCUGGGAAACCCCCCAAUGAGGUGACAUCAUAUAGACCAAUAUCACUCCUUCCUGUCAUGUCCAAGGUGUUU